GCUGCUUCUGACAGCACCACUGAGAGCAACAAGCCUGGUAGCUCAGACAUCCCUGAAAGCAGCCUGACGAGUAAAGGGCAAGAAAAAAAGGGGGGAAAAAAAGAAAGGAAAGAAAUGAAGGGAAAGUUACUGUUACAAGAAAAAAUGCCAAGAUGCCUUACCAUGUUGUUUUUUAAUGUUCUAAAAACAGCACUGUUCUGUAUCAGGUCCCAGCAUCUGCAAUCUUCAGCCCCUGUUCUCCCUGGGGCAUAUCAGCAAAGCCAGUCCCAAGGAUAUGGAUACAUGCACCAGACCAGUAUGUCAUCCAUGAGGUCCAUGCAUUCACAGCCUCAUUCAGCAGGUCUGAGAACAUACAGAGCUAUGUAUGACUACAGUGCCCAAGAUGAAGAUGAAGUUUCCUUCAGGGAUGGUGAUUAUAUCAUCAAUGUGCAACCAAUUGAUGAUGGCUGGAUGUAUGGUACUGUUCAGAGAACUGGGAAAACAGGAAUGCUUCCAGCAAAUUAUAUUGAGUUUGUUAACUAAUUUUUGUCUCUAGUCCCUUGAGCUGUAUUAUGAUUUACUCAAAAUCUAAUCUUUUAGAAAAACUCAGAAGAAUCUUUUAAGAGUACAUGUUCGUUACUUUAUCACUGCUAUAACAGUCUGCAUUGUCACUCAGAAUCCAAUUUAGAGUCCUUCAAAGUAAAGAUGAAUAGUCAACAAGAAACUCAGAGCUUUGAAAACAGCACUGCUUAUAAUAGUGCUCCCUCAAAAUGAAGAACAUAAUAGAAGCCUGGUGCUGCUAGUCCUAUAAAGAUUUCAGUCAAUUAGCUGUAAAGGGGAAAUACAUUUUCCCAAAAAAAAAUUAUUUCUCUUUAUAACAACAACUGUAAAAUCGAUUCACUUCUUAUGGCACUCUGAAGACACAGGAGGUUAUCACACUGAGU